AUGGCCACCACCAACACCCUCAUACAUGUGAAGAACGGUACGUUGAACAUGACAGUCUUAGGCGAGUCCGUAUCUAUUUCUGUUCGAGAGGCCACUUCCGCAUCUUCCGUGAACUUUGUCGAGGAGUGUGCCUUUAUCGAUGUGAUGGACCCAUUGAUGCCCGAUUUGGAAGAUGACGAAGGGCCAACGGUUGAGCUCUAUGAAGUCGAGGAAUCCCGUGCAACAAUUCCAUCUCCACUAGAGCUUAAGGAGCUCCCCCGACACCUCAAGUACGUUUUCCUUGAUGAUGAGAAGAAAAAGCCGGUGAUCAUCUUUGCCGAGCUAAACCGAGACGAGGAACGAGAGCUUCUUGACGUGCUUAAGAGGAAUCAAAAGGCCAUUGGAAGAAGGGGCCAAGCCGUUCCGCGAUAG